AAAGCACGCAGGUGCGGUGCGCCCCCACCCAACACUAGUCACUAGUUUCCAGAUCUAAACCCCACGCCACCCACCACCUUCAACGUUAGACCCACGUUCCUUCCAAGUUCCAACCAACCACGACGACGACACCAGUCCACCCCCAGUCGCCUCCCGCUUCCCUCCGCCGCCUUCCGCCGCGAUCCCCAUCCCGCAGCUGCCGUAAACAUGCUUCAUCAUUCGAAUAGCCGGCACCAAAGGAACAGAGGAUCAAGAGUCAAAACAUUACUCCAGGCUACCUUACUUCUAGGUGUUGUUGUCUGGCUUAUGUACCAGGUGAAACAUUCCUAUGAUAAGAAAAAUGAGUACUUGGAAGAUGCUGAGAACCAGCUUGCCCAUGAUGAUAGAAGCAUGUUCCAGGGGAGGAAAGAAAGGGGAGGUAGUUAUGGUGAUGGCAUUCUGGAAAAGGGUGGGGAGAACCCUGAUGUAGUAAGCAAACCAGACGAAGAGAACAUUGGAGAAACUGUGUUUGAGAAAGACAAUACUGACUCUCAUGAUGAUGAUAUAAGAAACACUGACAGAUCAAAAGCUGGUGAAGGGCAUGGCAGUAGUGCAGAUGGGAAUACAGAAGCUAAUAGUAAUGAUGAGGAUGGAACGACCAAUCACUCAGAAGGAGAGAAGAGUGACGCUGAGUCCAAUUCAUCUGACGCUGAGAGUAAAGGUGAAGACCAUUCAACUGGAGAUGAUAUGCCCCAAAGCAAUACUGUCCUAGAGGAAAGCAGUGCAGAGACGAACAGAAUGCCCCAUGAAGAAGUUGCACAUGGUGAUGAAUCUACUAAUGAAGAUCAGUCCAAUGUGAAAAGUGACGGAUCUAAUGAAGAGGAAGCUGAGAAAAAAGAGGCAGUGGAUUCUCAAAAUGCUUCUGAAUCUCUGUCCGAUGAUGCGAAGGGUGGAACAGAUGAUGAGCAUUCCAGUGGAACUCUUCCUGAUGAAACAGGUAAUCUACCAUCAGGGCAGAAUGAGAACUCACAAAGUGAUGCGACUUCCACCACAUCUGAUGCUUCUAGCGAGGCUGUUCACAUUGAGACUGGAUCUGAGAAUGAAGAUGCAGCAAAAUCAUCUGGGACUGCAUCUGGUGAUGAUGACAAGGGCUCAGCCAAUGAGGCAUCUGAUUCAAACGAAACAAAAUCUGAUGAAGGCAAUGUGGCAGCAGAAGUUUCUAAUGACCAGGCUGCAAACACGGAGGCAGGGAACUCCCAAGAAGCGUCUGCUGCAGAAGCUGCAAAUGGCUCUUCAGAAGAGACCAAGCCUGUGGAGAACCAGAAUGAUGGGAAUACAGAGUCGUCUAACAAUGGUGAGCAGGUGGAUAUCAAGAUGGAAACCAGUGCUUCCACCAAUGCCGAGCAGAAGGAAUCUCAAGUCGGCGAUGGCAGCUCUGGGUCGAACGGCUCAAAUGACAGUGGCGCUAAACAGACUGGCACGACUGAAACCCAGUGAUACAACAACCAAUUGGACAUGAACAUUGUUUAUUAUACGGAUUUAUCCCUGAAAAUUUAGACGGGCUACUGCACAUAGAAUUUUCAGGUUGAGGUUACGAUCGUUUAGCUCAUAGCAAAUGUAUGGUUGGUGCCAAUAGUGCACUCUAUGUGAUCCGUGCUCAGAAAGACAAUCGACUAUCGAAUGUAUUUUCUUCUUGACUCGUGUGGCUUUGGCCGAGACACUCAAACCCUGCAUAGUGAUCUAUUCAUGAAUUCAGUAUAAUAUACGCGGAAGUUCAUGUGAAA